AAUCAGCUUCAGCUCAUCAUAAAAACUUCUCCACUUCUCAUAUGCUUUUAUUUUGUCAUUCCUCCUGAAUGACAUGAACUUCCUCCCCACCUGAAGCUACACUCACCUGUGCCUGACGAUGAUGAGGAACAGUGACAGAAUGAGGGCAAAACCCACAGGCAGCAUGGCCUCUCUUAUUUUAUAUUUUACGUUGCAUUCAUUUUCAACGUGCCCUCGUGUGUCUUAAGGAUGAAGAUGCCCUGAGGUUUCCUGUUCCUGUCUGCUGCUGACGGCCUCCCCCCACCCCCCACCCCGCCAUGACUGAACCACCCGUCACGAAUCCGUACAGCGGCGUGAACCUGACUCCUGACGAGUCUUCAGAUCCGGUCAUUCCGACGGGCCGCACCUCCGUGUCGUUUCUCCAUCAGAACUCCCAUCCCAGCCGGCCGUUCCCAGACGUCCCGCCACCCAGCUCCACGUUGCCGCUCCCAGACUUCAGUUCCGCAUCCAGACCUCAUCCCAGAUUAACUCGAGUUUACUCCACAGAGAACCCCUACCCUCCCCCGUCGCCCUCCCCCUCGCCUCCCCAGGAGUUCUCCAUCAGCAUCUCCUCCUCGGACCUGCAGCCGUCUCCUCUUCAAUCCCAGUGCUCCGAGGAGAGCUGUCCGGACCUGGAGUGCUCCAUCUGCUUCAGCCAGUUCAACAACGUCUUCCGCUGCCCCAAGAUGCUUCACUGCAAGCACACCUUCUGUCUGGAGUGCCUGGCGCGCAUCAACGUCAAGUCCGCCGAGCCCAGCGCCAUCCAGUGCCCGCUGUGCCGCGGCUUCACGCCGCUGCCCACGCUUGGCCUUCCCAAGCUGGCCACGGACGCUGAUGUGCUGUCCUGCCUGCCGGCCGCCAUGCAGAGGGUCUACAGCAUCCGCUUCGUCCGCAACAAGGGCAAGCUGCAGGUCAAAAGGUCCGCCGACGGUCAAAGGUCGCUGGCGUCCCUCCGAUCCGUCAACCGCUCCCUGGAUGUGGGUCUUCCCAGCCCCGGCUCAGAUCGCAGCAGGGGGACGUCG